AUGUCGAAACGAAUCCAAUCCUUCUUCCAACCCAUCCCCAAGAAACCCAAAGUGGAGCCCUCCUCACCUGACCCAUCCCAGCCCUCAAACGCGCUCGAUAUAGAACAAGAACAAGAAGAACAGCAUGAAGAAGAACAGCAAUUACCACUAACCCACCACCCAGCCUACCCCUUCCCAAUCCCCAACCUCCCCCCACACCUAUCCAAAGCCCUAUCCAACAUCUCUUCCACCCCCAAACCCAUAACCAACCACCCACACCUCGACCUCCUCUACUUCCAACCGCUCCUCCCACCCCAAACAGCGCACUACCUGUUCCACUUCCUGCGCAGCUCCCUCCCCUUUUACAAAGUCCAAUACACAAUCCACCGCGGGCAAACACCGACCAAGAUAACGACCCCAAGAAACACCACCGUCUUCGGCGUCGACGCCACGUCCACAUUCACCCAUGACGAAGGAAACAAGUCCCUCCUCUGCACCAAAACCAACACUCCACCACCGAGCCCUAGAUACAAGUGCCAUCCACGCCCAAUCCCGCCCUGUCUGGAGCACCUCCGCCAAACAAUCCAAUCCGUGACCAACACCCCGCCAGACUACUACAAUUUCAUCUUGGUGAACUACUACGCCUCAAACACGGAUAGUAUAAGCUACCAUUCUGACGACGAGAGAUUCCUCGGUCCGAACCCUAGCAUUGCGUCCCUGUCGCUGGGUGCCAAGAGGGAUUUCCUGUUGAAGCAUAAGCCAGGGAUUCAGGCGGGGCCGUUGAAGUUCCCUCUCGCCAGUGGCGAUAUGGUUGUUAUGAGGGGGGAGACGCAGGCGAAUUGGUUGCAUAGUGUUCCCAAACGGGCGGGCGAUGGGGGUGGCAGGAUUAACGUGACGUUUCGGAGGGCUUUGGUCCCUGGGGGUACGGAGAAUUAUUAUAGGUAUAAUGUUGGGGAUGGCGGGGUUUGGCGGUGGGAUGGGGAUCGGGGGAGCAUGGUUCUUGUUGGUGGGGAGGAGAGUAGUGGGUGA